AAAACACGUAGAGAUUAUUUAUUUUUAGCUCUGGCGUGUGUCCGCAGCAUCAGGGACUAACUGAUACAUCCAUAUGGUUUCGCUAAGGUGCAUGUUUACGGAUUCCUGGAGAUUAUACAUACCCGGCUCACCUCUGGUGUGGUGUGUUGUGGCUGUAGAUCCUGACUUGCUGCUGACACUCACUGGGCUCCAGUGUGCUCCAUGACGCCUCAGAUGAGGUCAGGCAGAGGACAGCAACCGUACUUCCCAUUCCCCUCCGAAACUUCUACCCCCAUUGCUACAGCAGACGAGUGUAAUUUUCCCAUAAUGCACCUCUCCAGCCGGCUGACCCCGGGGUCAGCAGCUGUCAGUCACAGCCUCAGCUGGCUCUACAGCUUCUGGACAUAGACUGGAGGAUGUGAGGGAGGCCUCUGAGAGGAGCCGUGGCUCUGCAUAUGGGAUCAUCUCUGUGCAUUCAUGAACUCCAAAUGGAAUCAAAUGGGGCUUAUGAGGCCUCUCAGCCCAAAUGGACCUCAUGUUUACACACUUGUCCAUCAGCUGAGCAGCGCACGGCCUCAGGUAUCCAAAGAGAUGUCGAGAUGUCCCCCAAACCAACGGUACCGUGUCUGAACUUGAGCAGCAGGAGGACUCCAGAAAACUCCCCGGGUCUGGAGCACGGCAGCGGCUCCGGCCCCUUUCUGCACUGCGAUGAGCUGCAGAAACCCUCGCACCUUCCUCCUCUUCCUCACCGCCUCAGCCUGCGCGGUGAUCUUUACGCGGCGGCCAUGGGGAGGUUUGGUGAUGCUGCGGCGGACUUUACGCACGGCCCACCGCCGGCGAACCCGCCAGCCUCCCCGUCCAAACACGGCAAGUUUUUGGACGGUGUCAACCAGGACCAAAAGGCCACUUCCAUAAGCGGGAAAGCGGGAUUUUAUGAUAGCAACUCAGAGGGCAGAGAAAAAGGAGCUCCAAAAACCAUGGGCUACCCUGGGAUUGGCACAGACUGUUGUGCAAAGCUGAAGGAGCCUACUAGUGGUUUACAGGGAGACUCCAUCGCUGACUCCAUUGACUUAUCAGGCAAAAACAAGAAGCGGCGCAACCGUACCACCUUCAGCACCUUUCAGCUGGAGGAGCUGGAGAAAGUGUUUCAGAAGACACACUACCCUGAUGUGUACGCCAGAGAGCAGCUGGCUCUGAGGACUGAGCUCACCGAGGCUCGAGUUCAGGUUUGGUUCCAAAAUCGCAGAGCCAAAUGGAGGAAACGGGAACGCUAUGGGAAGAUUCAGGAGGUCCGCAACCACUUUGCUGCUACAUAUGAUAUCUCUCUUCUCCCUCGCCAUGAUACAUAUCAGAUGCAGAGCAAUCUGUGGCCAGGGGCCCCUUCAGGAGGAGGAGGUGGUUCAGGCGCUGGUUGUGUCCUAGGAGCUGACUCCAUCCCCUCAUCAUGUAUGAGUCCAUACCCCCACCCCCACAGCAACCUGCAGGGCUUCAUGGGCAUGCCCACAUCGCCGAGUCACCCACAUCACCACCACCCUCCUCAUCAUCCUGGCAUCAACGGCCUCUAUUCACUCCACAGCUUCCCAGGAGGCCUCGGGUCCCCUUCCAUCGAUGGACCCGAGACCGACUACAAGCCAACGGGCCUGGUCGCGCUGCGCAUGAAAGCCAAAGAGCCAGGCAGCAUUCUCUCCUGGCCUACAUGACCACUACAGUGCCAGCUCCCCAUUAUGCACUGACUGAGCCAAAGCAUAUUACAUUCCUGACCCAUACACAAUCCCAGAUGUACACACCCACCUCAGAGCAUAUUUCCCCUUAACAUUUAUAUACGCCGACUUGGAGACAUUUCACAGUUCAGAAGAUCUUGGAAUAGGAGUGUCAUAAAACUGAGGGCAACUUGAGCUUCUUGCACGAAAGCCCAGCAUAUUAAUAGGAACCCUUUUGUGUCCAGUUUUGACACCAUUACUGAGAUAGAAGGGGAAACAUUAUUUAAGCAUGUAAAAAUGUAAUUAUCAUAUUAAUCAUUGUUUCAUGUCUGUUGUGCUUCAUAGUGUGACCAGUAAUAAAGGCCUUCAUCUAUAGUACUUGUGUUAUGCAGAAGGAUAAACAACCUCAGCCAGAAUUAUUUUAGUCGUGAUUUAACUUUCUUUUUUAUAAAACGAUAACCAACAGAGCUAACUGAGUCUGUCACAUAUUUGACUGGGAGUGUGGUUGUGUGGAAAAAUGCUUCAUAUGCUGUGGUUGCCAUAAACACAAAGAUUUCUGCUGUGUGGGAAGUGACCAGCAUUAAAUUGGGAAAGUCCACAGAGGGACCGUGCUUGUACAGACCAGUCAGCUUCGCUUAAGAGUCCUUUAGGUGGCACCUCAUGUAUCAUGGGAGAGUGGCAGGUUUAUUAAUGAAAAGCUAACUUAGCAACCGUGCUUCACUGUUGAUGAUAAAGUAGACA